CAUCAGAAUGAACAAAACUGAGACGAGGAGAGACAUUGACUCGUGGAUACUUAUUCGACUAUAGGGAAGAACUGCUGUUGAUCUACGGCUCCUCAAUACACACCAAUAUAGUGUUGUUUGUUAGACACAUCCGAACUUGUCCGACUGUGUUAGCAGCAUCGUCACAGAAGUUUCAACUAGUGAUUUACUCAGUGAAAGAUUGCCUGAGACAGUCCAUCGAAUUUAGCUUACAAACCUCACUUAUUGGCUCUAAAGAUGGCCACUGCUUCAGCAAUGGGUCGUGACACAGUCCUUCAAGCCAACACAGAUGCUCGAAGACUUCUGAAGCAAGCGUUGACUAUGGAUGAAGAUGGAAAGACUUCACAGUCAGUUCAACUUUACCAGGAAUGUUGCCGAGUGUUGCUUGCGGGCAUGUCAGUGGACGUGAUGUCAGUAGCUAGAGACGAGACUGAUGUGAAACAUCUACAAUCUCUUCAAACCAAGAUGUCCCAGUUGUUUGAUAAUGCAUCUACUCGCCUGCAGAACAUGGAAUGUGUAGUCCCCACGCCACAGUAUAGUGCUGAGGCAUCCGAUAACUCCAUGCAGUCUUCACUCUUGAAGAGAACAGAAGCGGACAUGGUGUUUGUCCUUACCCGUGGUGUUCGAAUGUUGAUGACAGCAUCUACUGGUGAAGUAUCAGAGCAGCCAGGCCCAGUGUCGUUGAAGGUGUUCCUCAUCCCGACUACAGGCAAUCAAGGGACUGCUACAGGAGCACCAGCUUUCCUGCAGUGUGACAGCUGGGUGUAUCCACUGAUCCCGGGAUGCUCACCAAUAUUCAAGUCCUCGCCGCGUAGCUAUACAUUUCCUGAUGUGAACGAGAGGGCUAAUCCAUUUGGAAUGAGCUCUGAAGGCAGCUUGCGAGGCAUGCAGUUUGUAACUAUUGUACUGACGGACGAAGUGAAUGAUGCAGUAGUUGCACAGCUUGGCCAGACCUUGGCAACGCUGUCCAAUGUUCAAGAUCAGAGCGGUGUGUCUGCCAUGGCUAAUCAAGGAACGGCGACUACUGCUCCUGCUCCUGCUGCUACUCGUGCUGCACCCCCAGUACCACCGCCAACAUAUUCUGAUAGAAGCAGUACAGCUGCGGUUGUACCCAGUGGAUUGGAUGAACCCAACUCUACAGUUACUACUGUUGCUAUCCCAGGUUCUAAUGCAGUAGAAUCUGAAACACCGACUUGGGCAACCAAGAUAUCGUCUGGCAUCGCAGUUGGAGCUAAUGUGGCCUCGUCGGUGCUGAGUGGAACUGCUCAGCUCCUGGGGAAAGCGGUGCAGGCUGGAUCUGUAGAACUGAAACAACACAUCGGUGCGUCUGAGACGGUGGAGAUGAGCGAAACGACGAAGACUGCUGUGAAGGGCGCCAAGAUGGCAUCGAAGGCAGUUGUCGUCGUGAGUGAACAGGUUGUUACAACUGUCUCCAGUAUCGCCAAGGUUCUGAGCGAUCAGUUUGUACCUAUUGCUAUGGAGAAGAUCUCAAUGUCUGGGGAUGGCACACCGCGUGAUCCAGUAACUCAAGCCAGGCUAAAAGGUGCUGCACACGUUGGUUCAGCUGGUCUUGAUGGGAUUGUACAGGUAUGCAAGAGCUUGGAGAGUGCGGCAAAGCACGUGGGCCGUGGUAUCCACAAAGCAACUGUGGACACAGUCAAGUACCGGUAUGGAGAUAGCGCUGCCAGUGUAACAGAUGAUUCAGUGUCAGCUGUUGCUAAUGUUGUUCAAGCAUCUCACAAUUUUGACAAUGUUGGCCUCAAAGCACUUGCUAAACGCACAGCUGUGCAUGCUGGCCGUACAGGCAUGCAAUCUCUAAACAGCCAGGAUAGCCAAACCACCGCUCUAUUGGACCAAACCGCUCUAUUGGACGAGCAGCAGCAACAACAGCCUGGUGAAUCACACUCUCGUGCCAUAACAUACCCAGAUGUUGGCAGUGAUCUUGGAAGCAGAGCAGCUACUGGCACUUCAUCUUUACCAUCAUCGUCAUCGGCAUCAAUGCCAGCAUCAAAGAAACGGUGACUUUAGGUUCCAGGCAAGAUAUGCUGCUGAUAAGACGAUUGCAUGCGCUGGAGCACCAUUGCAUGUGAGACCUGCACAUUAUGGAAGCUAUCCACCUACCGGUAAAUGGACUGCACUCUCGUUCCGGUAUAAUGCGCUUUGGUCUCGUGCGUUCUGGUGCUUUGCUGUUGGAUAAUCUACCAAGCCAUUGUAGCCAACCACAUGACCUGAUUUAUAUGUGGUUUGUACUGGUUUUGAAGUAGUGGAGCCUGGUUUGUACUGGUUUUGAAGUAGUGGAGCCUGGAUUAUCACCCUCAAAUUCCGCAAAGGGUGCAUCACAGUGUUGAUGUUAUAGUACUUGUACAAUCAUUAUGACCAUGCAAUGUUUGCUCAGUUGUAGAUCUGUACGGUACUUUGUUUCCUGCUUGCCAGGUGUUGCUCCAUGGCCUAUACAUGUACUUUGUGUAGACUAGUUCAGUUGUUAGUCGAGGUGCAGCCCUACCUGCUGCUUUAUAUUAUUUGGGAUGCUGUCACCGUGUCACGGCUAUAAUAACUCUCAUACAGUCAUUUAUAUUUGAGUACUGUCGUGCGACAUCAUGCCUUUAUUAUUAUCAAGACCUUGAAUUGCUCAAUACCUUGUAGGCAUCUGCAAUAGUGGCUACUAUUAAAGUAGAUUUUCCACAGUAGUAAUUGGUCUGGAUCAUGUUGAGUUUCUGCUGUAUAUUGACUGCCACAAAGGGCUGCUAUCACAAGCUAAAUUUUUCUUCCUUUCCUAGCUCCCCAGUGUCAGUAGCGAUACUGCCACUUACAGUCACGUUCACUGUCCUGCUUUCUAUGCAUUCAGUCUGUUCGUAUUCUAGUUCUAUUAGUCUCCCGUUCUUUACUCUUCCCUCCUCUCUCCCAUAGUUGCACCGCUCGACUAUGCAUGGUGAUUUUUUUUAAUGUUUUGGGACUAAUUAAUCUUGUGUAGCUUCUUGUACAUGUACUUCAGUGUUUCUCACAAAGGCUGUCUUUUGUCUUACUGA